AUGUCAGCAAACAUUUUGCUCCAGUCCGAAGGAGAUUAUCAAGCCGGUUCUAUUGAACCUGCAUGCUCCCACAGCAAUGUGUCGAGAAUUGACGCCGUCCAAACACCGCCAGCGGAGACUUUUCAAGACGCGUCCGAGUCUGCUGUUAUUCGUGACCGUGAUGUUACAGAUAGCGAAGCAGACGACGAGUUUGGCCUUGAGUUUGACUUGACACUGGAAGACUUGUUUGUUCUGGAUGAACUUGAGCGUGAGGCAUUGAAAAAAAAUGACAUAAAUGCGAAUCAGAGCACUAAUUCAACGCCUACAUCACCCUUAUUGACGACGGCUGACAAUCAGCCGUCAACGUCAACGGAUGCCGCUCAUGUGUCAGUUAUGGGUGAACGGGACUUGGAAGACCAAAAUAUGCCUCAGAUAACCCUUGCCCAGCUACGUGAAGUUGCUUCACACUCACAGCGUCAACCGUUUUUUACCCCCUAUGCUACAUAUGAGGAUAGUGAUACGGAUGACGAUGCAGAAGUUAGUGAUUGCGAGGACGAGGCUGGGAAGCCAAGGCAAGAACCUGCUAAAACAAGUCCAAAGGAAAAACACACAGCCUGGUUCAAAAGACCACAGCAUAUGCCCAAGUGGCUAUAUGACUUUUUUGUGUCUGUUGUUCAGCCACUUAUCUACUCAAAACAUGGCAGAAAGCGUGGAAUUCCUGCAAUGUUCUCUGAUAAUACUCGAGCAUAUGCACCGCCGUCGUUCUGGAUAAAUCCUCCUGAGCCGUGCAUAUUACUUUCUAAGUACCGAUUCGAUCUUCCCACGCUUUGGCGCCCACGGAUCUACGUCUGGAUUCCUCAUGAUUUUGUCAAGACUUUGUGCUGUCCAAACUGUGGAACUCCUCUAGAGAAGAAUGGAGCCUCACGUCCUCGUCGAAUUAUUGACAUCGAGGAUAAUUUCUACAUUGUAACGUGGAAAUAUUACUGCCGCGAUGGGUGCAAGUCGGCUUUCCGAGGUUGGAACACAGCUAUAGUCAACUCUUUGCCUGCGUAUCUACGAUUGGCCUUUCCAGCUGUGCUAUCUCGUCGGAGCGGUGUUUCCACGCGCCUCCUGCGUCAACUUCGAGUUUGUAACCAACAUAAGAUGGGUCCGAGCGGCUAUCGGUCAAUGUUGCUUGAAAAUCAUACGUUCAAAUUCAGUCAAAUUCAAAACCAAUAUCUCGAGGCAGUUUUCGAGAUGGUUCGUGGACAGCAGCACGCAACGUCAAUAGGACAGGAAACGCUACAUGCAUUUGUUCCGCCAAAGGCUGAUUCAUUUGGGAACUUUACGGAUCCUGACAAAUACGCAGGGUUUGUUCCAAGCGAGAGAUACCUUGCGAGCAUGAUGAAUAAAGCCAUUGAACGUGAUGAAAGUGACGCUAAUCAACACACUGCAUGUCUUGCACCUGACCAAAUCGCAAUCGAUGACUCGCACAAGGUCAACAAGCAUAUUGCAAAGGUUGACGGUGUACCAGUAUUUACUGCACUAUUUACGUGCAUGGACUCAAAGUAUAUCCAGGGACAAGCUCUUACUCUCACUAAAUCUCAUGAAGAGCGCUCAGGCCCUUUACAACAAAUUGCCAAAUCUGUAAAGCGCUACGGACAUGAUAAUCCAAGUGUUAUGUAUUCGGAUGACCCGGUCAAGGACAAACCACUUCUGUAUAGCGCAUUCCCAGAACUCUUUGAAGAUUUAAUGCCUACGGCUGCUGCUCAUGGUUUGACGGCACUUGAUUUACCCGAUGACAUCAAAGUGUCCUGGUUGGCAUCGUGGGAUGUGACAGAAUCCACACUUGCUGCUCUUCUAUCAUCCCUUGAUUCUGAUUCUGAAAGAUAUCUGUGUGUUAGCCUUGAUGCUGAAUGGAAUUUGUCACGGAAGAUUGGAGUGUCGGUAAUCCAAAUUGCCCCUCACAGCCUUCCAAACGUGAUCUAUGUCAUACCCGUUCAUAAAUUCGGUAAUAAACUACCACCAUCCCUCCUCCGACUUUUAAUAUCAAAUCAAGUCUUUAAAAUUGGAUCUGGAAUCAAGGGCGACAUCACUCGAUUAAAAAAACAGUUUCCAAUUCUCGGCUCGCAGCUGACUUUCAAUCUUAUUGAUUUGAAAGAAUACUGCGUCGAGCGCGGAUUAAUUGCCCGAAAGGCAUCUGGAUCUCUUGAAGCCCUGUGCGAGGGUAUUCUUAAGCAAUAUCUUCCAAAAGAGCAACGACUUAGAAGAUGCGAGGACUGGGAGCUCAAAUCACUAAGCUCCGAGCUUCUUCAUUAUGCCGCACGUGAUGUUUUUGCAUCGCGCAUACUUUUUGAGAAGGCAAUGGAAUGCGCGCCUAUUGCCCGUCCACAGUUUGAUUCGCCAGCUGGAACACCAGUCGCCUUGCUCUCCCAAGAAGGUAGCGACCCAAUUGCGUAUGGUGUCAUAUCUCCUAACCAACCUACAACACUUGGAAACAUUCGAGUUAAAACACCAAAUCGCAAUCGCCUUGUUCUUGAUAUACACACCGUGAUAUCUCCUUCGGCUGCUGUGAUGCUUCAUUUGCCAUCGCUGGGACACAACAAGAAAGGAAAAACAAAAUCCGGAGCUCUUACAUUAGAGCAAAUACGAGCGUCUUCUUUGGAUCCACAUAUGUCAACAUUUAAAAUUGUUGCACCCCUCCUAUUAAUGGAGUUUGAUUUCCGAGCAUCACCGUCCGAGUUAAUGAGCAGUGCAUCGCGCCCUAAUAUUGAGGCAUCCAAAAAGCAUACCAAUCUAGAAGACAAUCUGCUUUCUGGGUCUAGUAUUGAGGAAGAUAGCUUCUUAGAUGACACUGCAUCUUUGGCUAAUGAUUUGGGCGAAGAAACCGAGGUUUCACCUCAAGACACAUCGGAUCUUGUUGCUUUAGAUAUGCUUGAGGCAUACUCAAAGAUUGAAAAUUGCGAAGAUGCUCAGCGAGUGCAGUCCGCAACCCAACAUUCUAUUGUGAAUACCCUUCAAAAGUUGAUUAAUUCACCUCCCGAUGCCAAAUCCGAGUAUACACGAGUCAAAAAGGACAUUUUCCAUGCAUUCCAUAUGAUCCCCAUAUCAGUCAAUCAUGGCGCACGCCCUUCUUUUCUUCGUGCUAUGCGCGACCAUUUGAUGCGCUGGGAUCCCAAAAUUCGAGUGACAGUCGAUGAGGCCUGCCAAAAACACUUCAACCUCACGUUUGAGCAAAUGCUGCUUAGAAAUCCUCGAUUUAUUGCCGAACGCACCCCCCGAUAUGUCCCCUCUCCAAGUAUUCUUGUUCCUGCAUUAAAAUUGGUCUUUGAGACUUAUGGCAAUGCCUUGGACGUCAAGACAGGAUUGCCACUUUUUAGUGCAGAUGCGCAACAGAAAGCUAAUGCUGUAAUUGAACUUGCACGUGAAGGCUAUUUAUCCGACAUCGAAGGAGUUGUCCUAUACGAGCGAGCAGGGAUUGACAAAUAUGGUCUCCAAAAGUAUAAAUGUCUACGGGGAACAAACAAUGUUGAAGGCGGCCCGCAUGGUGACAUUUACCGAAAAUUUGGUGCUCUUCACGAGUGGAUAAAUGGGGAUCUUUAUGAGAAGACCACCGAAGAGUUUGGGGUUUGCAAAUUUCCAGAUUCGCUCCGAAUACGGCUGGGAAUGGAGCCAUAUAGCGCUGAGGCUGAAAUCCAAUAUCGACUCAACUCAAGUGACAAUUGGCUUCGUAAGCGGCAAGGCUUAGCUUUGCCUGUAUUACCGCCUACAACUUUGGAGGCCAGAAAGUAUUUCUUUUUGAAGAUUCGGGAUUUUGCCGCUCUUGCUAACGACGCUGGCCAAAGUCGGAUUAAUUUUGAAGCAUUUGCACAAGAGUGGAACCGGACCGCAAAUGGAAAGGAACGAGUAUAUAUCACCACCGAGGUGUUGGCAGCCUACUCAAAGACAUGGGAAAAGAUGACAAAUAUUCGCGCAUCGCAAGAGCUCAUUCAAGAUAAGCUAGAGGUUCUUAAAGUGACAGCAAAUGUCUUUGCUGCAGAAAAGCAGCCUUUUCCAAUAUACCUUUCGGGAACAUCUGUAUCAACACAGCCUCGACAUGGAGUUAUCGAGAUACCAGACUCCGAGUCAUUACAAUCCAACCAGGUUCCUUCUUCGCUCUCUGUUAAUCUUUCUAUCUCUCGCCCCCCAUUACCCAGUCCUCCUACUCAGAACAUUUCCAACUCUUCCAUUGAUCCCAGACUAUUGUCCCUUUCCGCUACAAAUGUUGAAGUGCCAGUCCGUACAUUGUCUUCAACGUCGUCCGAUUUGCAAUAUCACAAUGAAGACAAUGUCAACAAUGAUCGACCAACUAAGCGCAGACGCAUCGUUCCCGACAGUAAACGUAAACGUUCUCUGCGCAAAUGCCGUCGAUGCCUCAAAACUACGUACCGUGUACAAAGUGCAAGCGCACAACCGAAUGUCGAGGUGUAG